AUGCACCGAGAACCUCCUCCAUGCCCUAGAAACCUCCUCCAUGCCCCAAGACCCUACUCCAUGCCCUGGGACCCUCCUCCAUGUCGCAAGACCCUCCUCCAUGCCCUGGGACGCUCAUCCAUGCCCUUAGACUAUCCUCCAUGCCCCAAGACCCUCCUCCAUGCCCCAAGACCCUCCUCCAUGCUCCGAGACUAUCCUCCAUGUCACAAGACCCUCCUCCAUGCACCAAGACGCUCCUCCAUGCCCCAAGACCCUCCUCCAUGCCCCAAGACCCUCCUCCAUAACCCGAGACCCUCCUACAUGCCCCAAGACCCUCCUCCAUGCCCCAAGAUCCUCCUCCAUGCCCCAAGACACUCCUCCAUGCCCAGAGACCCUCCUCCAUGCCCCGGGGCCCUACUCCAUGCACCAAGACUAUCCUCCAUGCACCAAUUCCCUCCUCCAUGCCCUGGGACCCUCCUCCAUGUCCCAAGACCCUCCUCCAUGCCCUGGGACCCUCCUCCAUGCCCUGGGACCCUCCUCCAUGCCCUGGGACCCUCCUCCAUGCCCCAAGACCCUCCUCCAUGCCCCGCGACCCUACUCCAUGCACCAAGACUAUCCUCCAUGCACCAAGACCCUCCUCCAUGCCCUGGGACCCUCCUCCAUGCCCCGAGACCCUCCUCCAUGCCCCGAGACUAUCUUCCAUGCACCAAGACCCUCCUCCAUGCCCUGGGACGCUCCCCCAUGCCCCAAGACUAUCCUCCAUGCCCCAAGACCCUCCUCCAUGCCCUGGGACUGUCCUCCAUGCCCCAAGACCCUCCUCCAUGCCCCGAGACUAUCCUCCAUGCCCCAAGACCCUCCUCCAUGGACCAAGACCCUCCUCCAUGCCCCAAGACCCUCCUCCAUGCCCCGAGACCCUCCUCCAUGCCCCAAGACCCUCCUCCAUGCCCCAAGACCCUCCUCACACAAACACUCAACACCAACAAUACUCACACUUGA